AAACAAUAAUAAUGGAAUAAAAGCUCUAAAAUUCAUUUCACAUUCCCUUUUCAACGGAAGAAGACAUUCGUCCUCUUUUUCUACUCUCUGUAUGACUAUAUGGUUUUGACUCUCUCUCUAGUGGCAUUCAGGCUCCACUAUCAAGUAAUUUUAAUCGAGAAAGGAAAAGAAAAGAAACAAGAAAAGUUGGUAUUUUGGUUUCAUGGAAAACAAGGAGAAGAAGGAUCAUAAAAUUGCUACAGCUACUACUGCCCAUGAACCUGACUCUAAUGACCUGCUGGGGAAUCUAAUGAUGGACAGAGCAAGGAAGAACAGAACCAAGCCAGUAUCACAUUUGGCAUGAAGGAUAUUGGAGCUAGUAGUCCUUCACAUGAUAAUGCACCUUCCCUCAAUCAGCAAUACCCUCCGUUUCUUCAAUGGCCUUGCACACCUCAAAAUAAUGUGGACCAGCCUCCCUCAAGUUCAAAUCCUUGUGCGUCUUCCCAAUCACCUCCAUCUAUUGCUGUCAGUCAGAGGCAUCAAUUGCCUCAUCUGCAACUAAAUCCUGCUAGCCAUGAGGGUCAUACAUUACCUCACCUUGCUCAAUCCUCCACGCCCUUUUGGCUAUCUCAGCAUCCUGGUUACCAUCUGCCUGGAGUGAAUGCACCUUCAAUAAUUCAUCCGUUCACUCCUAUUGGGACAACUAAUUCUAGUUGGCCGGCUUCUAAUAUGAUAGGAGGUGAACCUUUAUCAAAAGACCAUCCUCAGGUUCCCAAUUUAUGUCACCAAGUUGGUUACACAUAUCCAAGCUUUCCAGGGCCUUGGGAUCCAUCAUUUUGGUGGGGUCAUGUUCAACUAUCACAGCCCCCUAACAGCUACAGUUUUCCAGGAGCAUAUGGCCACAUCUCCUUACAGCCUUCAACAAAGCCUGGUUGUUCGGCACCCCUUGGACAAUCUUCUCAAAUUGGGGUCACUAGUCCACCGGCAAUACUUUCUCAAAAGCAGGAACAACUUUGGAGCUCUCAGUCAAUAGACAAAGUCCAGUUACAGACUGUAAUUGGCCAUUUGCAAUCUGUAAUAGCUGAUCACAAGAGCCGCAUAAUGAAGCUUGAAGCAGAAGUUGCAUCUCUGAAACAAGCAGCGGAAGUGCCCACAGUUCAUGACACUGUAUCUAGACAACCAUCCAAGAGAGGGAGGCCGAGGAGAACAGUUACUUCAGUUGAUACUUUACCUUCACCUGAUGCAUCUCAACCCCACACUCGAGGCAGAAAGCCCAAAGCAGACAUUUUUGAAAAGGUUAUUCUAAAAAGGCCAGAGAGUACAGUAAAAUUAUCUAAUCAGACUGCCAUCGCCCAACAAGAAGUGGAAAAGGUCUCAAAUGUAAUCGCAAACAGUAAUAGUGAUAUAGGCAUUAAUGGAAGCAACAUAAUGGUCCCUUGUUUCCAAAAUCAAGUUCACCAAGAAAUCUCCCAAAUGCAGCUAUGUGUUGUUGCUCUUGAUUCCUCUCUAGAAAUGAAAAUAAAUGAUGGUAAGACUGGAGAUACAAAUGAUGCCUCUGCAAUUUUGACUCAACAAGCUAAGGGGACACACCACAGGUUUGCUUUGGCUUCUUCUUUAGCAGCAGAAAACAACAAAGGCAAUGCAUUGCCUUAUACAAUCACCUCUAAAGGCAACGGAAGAAAUGUCUUGAAUUCAAGCUCAUGUGGUUUUUGCGAUAGUGAUAGUGCUAUCAGAGAGGGUCAAAAGAUUGUUCCUGGCUGGAGUUUUGCGAAUGAAGAAGAUGCUUCUGAGGAGCUUGAUGAUGCUGUUGCAGCCUCAGCCAAAGAUGAAAAUGAGGAGGAAAUGGGAGAUAAUGAUGGCAGCUCAGAUAGUGAAGAAAUUGCCUAAACAAAAGGUGAAAAUAUGCCUCAGUUCAGCAACUGGUGAAAAUUGCCUUCUGUGUCUUUUUUUGUAGUAGGGAUAGACCGACAGUAGAUUAAGUUGACAAUGGUAUAUCCUGCCCAAUUGGACUAACUUUCUUCCAAAGUUACCCAAGAUUUUGUAGGGGAGCAGGAGUUUUAGCUAUGACUAAUCUUGAACAGGCCAAGUGUCAUCAGUUUGUAUUUAAAGUUCCCCCACUAUGCUAUUGCCUCUUCCCUUUAAUGCCAUGGUGCUUUUACACUCUA